CUGAGCUGCGGUCCACCUCUACUCUCAUCUGAGCCAACAACAGUUAGUCCACCAUGAUGAUCAGAGCCGUGCUGUCCUUCCUCGUCCUCCUCGGGGCCGUCUCCUCCGUCUUUGCUGCUGGAAAGAAAGGAGAGAAGGAAAGGGAGGAUAGAAAGUACAUCCCUAAGACAGGAAAGAGGGUUCCCCAGAUGAUGCACAGAGGUUGGGGUGAUCAGCUGAUCUGGGCUCAGACGUAUGAGGAGGCUCUGUACUGGGCUCGCAAAGCGGGCAAGCCUCUGAUGGUCAUCUUUCACCUAGACGAGUGUAAACACAGCCAAGCCUUGAAGAAAGUCUUUGCCGACAACCAGAAAAUUCAAAAGACCCUGGAUGAAGACUUCAUUGUCCUCAACCUAGUGUAUGAAACUACAGACAAACAUCUGAGUCCUGAUGGCCAGUACGUUCCCAGAAUCAUCUUUGUGGACCCCUCCAUGACAGUGAGGGCUGACAUUGCUGGUCGGUAUAGUAACCGCCUGUAUGCCUACGAACCCCAGGAUGAGAAUCUCUUGUUGGAGAACAUGGACAAGGCUAAAAAGCUGCUGAAGGACGAGUUGUGAUUAGAUGGUUCGUUGGAGGAAAACAUGCUGUCGGUUGGUUCCUGCAGCACAAAGCACUGGAACAAUCUCCCCUUCAUCAUCUUGAUCAUUUCUUCUUUGUUUUUUUCUGUUUGCCCUCCAUGUCUUUACAAUAAAAGCAGGUCAUA